AUGUCUUCGCCCUUGCCCGAGGGGACUACCAGUGUCUAUGCGAACGAUGAAGGAUUUAACGCGCUUCAACGAGCCGCUAGCUAUACAGAUCUCCCCACCCAAACAGACGACGAUACAGAUCCAACAUCUCCUCGCCUCCGAAGAACCUUCUCCGAUUAUGCCGUCCCGACCCUGACCGAGUCACCCACCAAGGAAAGCGUGGAGGCGGGGAAGGAUAUUCUGCGCCGCACAUCCCUACGCUCCAAGAACAAGAACAAGCCCUCAGCCCCAGUAUCUCACUUCACCCUACCGUCAUCAGAGGAUCUCAAGAAUGCGGGAACUCAAAAUACAGAAACAAAGCCACUGGAACAUAGAGCACCGGAACCCGCUGCUCGGCCAUCGAAGAGCCGCUCUAUGUCAGGGCGCAUAGUGAGUCUGGCGCGAAAACCAUGGGGAUCCUCCUCUCGAUCACCAUCCCCAUCAACGGCGAAAAGGAUAAAGCAGCAGACGGACGAUCAAUCUCCCACAAGGUCUGAUGGGCGCAAAGGGUCUGACUCCGAUUCAGCACCGUCACGGAAGAGAACGAUCUUAUAUAAACGGCCGCGCCGUCCGAUGCUCGCUGUUGUAGCCAAGGGUCACGGCGAUUCUCCGGGAUCACCAAGCAGUCCUUCGAACAACUUUCUUCUACGACAUCAGACCUCAUUCGACAAGUUUACCGCGUCUCUUUCCGUGUCAACACCAGUCCUUCCCCCAAUGCCGAAGGGCGCUGCAGCAACAGUUGCAGCCUUUCAGAAUAGUGCACCCGAGCAAUCACGCAAGAAAGACGAACUAUGGGGCGUUUUCCGUGGCCUUGAAGCUGAUUACCAAAAGUUCCAAUCCAAAUCGAGCUCAUUGAAAGCUAAUGUUAUUCGAACUUCACUUCUUCCAUUCCUGAGUCGCCAUCAGUUACACACCUCUUGCAAGAACCUUAGGCCGGAGGACUUGGACCGGCGAGUCAAUAUCCUGAACAAGUGGUGGAUUGGGAUGCUGGAGAUGCUCAAUGGGAAGCCGAACCAAACGAUUUCAGGGACGGACAGACCAAUCUUUCUCGAGGCAGUGGUGGGAAUUAUGACACGACCGGAAUGGCGCAUGCCGUUCCCGACAGCACAGCAAAGUAAUGGUCUUACAGACUCAUUGCAAUAUGCCUCCACUUCUGUGUCAGAAACAUCAGAGGGCUCGGCGUCAUCAGGGUCGGAUUUUCUGCUGGAAUCCAUUCAUCACAACAUUCGAAACAUUUUUAUUCAGAAUCUCAUGUCUCAGAUGGCGUUCGUUGUGGCACGAAUGUCCCAGCGAAAUGCACCAGCUAGUCUGGUAGCAUUUUGCGGGAAGGCCUGUGCCUACGCCUUCUUCUUCUGCCCCGGAGUAGCAGACAUUCUGGUGCGUCUGUGGAACACAAAUCCUGCAAUGUUCCGCCGCGUCUUUGCCGAAUCGGCUGAUUCUCGCCUUGGUACUUUGCGUGCAUAUACCCAGGAGCUUGCACUGAGCUUCCCUGCUGCGCUGCGACCUCUGGCGUUUCAUUCGCAUGCGCCGCUUCUGCGGUAUUUGCGAAAGAAGCCAGAGCCGCCCUUGAAUACAGCCAAUAUUCCCUGGAAUGGACCAUGGAUUGCACGCUGGUGUGGCCGGGAUACCGAUUUGUUCUUCGUGUUUGUGAAAUAUGUCCACAUUCUCUAUGCGGAAUACUUGCCCCCAGAGAUCGAGAAAACAAAUCGGAUUCUGGCACCUGGCCUACUCCUGGUUCAUGCACAGCUUCUGGUUGCCCUCGAAGAUACUAUCUACAAACAGUCGAUGCACCAGAUAUCGGAGAAUUCUCAUACAGCGACGGCAAUCACAUUUGACGACUACCUCGAAUCCCCCGAUGCUUCUGCUUCCCCUCAUCAACUUGGAGGUGGCAUAAGGAAUAGUCAUCGAUCAAUGGCCGAGAAUCGACUGAUAAUUCUUCUUCGAGACUUUCUCUCCGACAAUUCUGCAGAGCCAAACCGGGCUCGUUUGCUGUAUGCCGAGACUUUCUGUAGCCUGCUCAAAGUGGUUGCCCAGAAGAUUUCCCUCUUUGAUCACAAUGCCUGCUUCCUGUUGUGCGACCUGACCGAGGAGGUGAUCCCGAUCAUCACGCGCUACGCACAAUCAAUCGAAACCGAGCUUUUUGAUUGGAAUUUCUGGCUAGAAGUAUGUCGGCAAAUGAACCAGAGCUACAAUUCGCUCACGGAAGUUCGCGUAUUUUCAUUUAUUUACAGUGUUUGGGGGACCUGGAUUGCGACUGAGGAGAGGAAGGCCAGUCUCUGUUUGGACUUUUUGUUGCAUGAGCCUGUCUUUUACCAUUACUUUACUCAUUGGAGUCCGAUGGUUCGGGCCUACUUCCACCGUCUCCUAUGCUGGAGAGUGGGGAGGUUCAGCGGGGCUCCAUCUGCGCUUGACUCAACGAUCUAUGAAACCCUCUCUGAUAGAUUACUGCGAGUGUGGGAGUAUUAUAUUGGGUUUCAAUCGAAGGCAGAGGAAGGACUCACUGCACCGCUGUCCUCGGCACCUUGCACGCCUGCGCCGGGACGACGGAUAAUUAUCAUUCGAUGUGAUAAUCAGCUGUCCCCAGCGAAUCUGUUUGUCUCAUUCGAUCGCGUCAUCCCGCCCAACACUAUCGAUCAGGUCACGACGCACCGACGAUCUAGCUCCACAGACUCUACUGGCUCGGAUGGCCAACCUGCCAAGCGUCGAUGGGGUCUUCUUCGGUCCAUGUUUGGUAGCUCAUCGAGCGGUCGAACCGGCGAUGUUGCCGGCGAAAGCGGCUCUGAUGACCUCGAUAGCAAUGUAAUCGAUUUAACCAUGAGCCCCGACAGCAGGUGCUUAGAUGAACAUGAAACGACUCCGAGCACUAGCUCCGACGAUCUCGUGCGGCCUAAGACGCCACACCAUCCAUACUUCUUUAAGUUCUCGUUGGAAUGGAUGGAUCGUCCGCAGUGGCCCACAAAGAACAAACGUCUUUUUACACCCUGUCUGCCAGUUGCAUCUCAAAUUCAUGUGCAGCAUCGCCGCUCUCCUGAUAAAUCCUGCGAGUUUGACGAGGAUGCUGGAUCAGAGGCAGUGACGGACACAGAAAUGACCCCCGGUGAGCCUGCAUCUGAACCUCCAUCAGACUCUCAACCACCUUCGACAGAAGAUCCGAACCUAGCACCAAAUACCCGAGCGUACACCACUAAGAACUCUCCCUUACCCGAAUUGCCCUCUCGGCCUGUCUAUGACCAUUUGGUACCCAGCAAAUAUGCUGGUCGUGCCUUGGCAGAAUGGGCUCACAUUGUCUCUGAAUGUGACAGCUUCUUCGCCCGACGCCGUGACGAGGGCGUCCCAACCGAUCGUGCGGUGGAAACACCUACUCUAGGAGUUGAAAGCUUCCGAAAGUAA